AUGGUUCACAAUCCCUCGUUUUACAACCAGCGUGGAUUCUACGAGAACGUACAGGACAGGCCUUCACUUCCGUACAGAAAUGAAGGCCAAGACUCAAAAAUGGGAUUUCAAAUACCUUUUGCUAGAGCAUCAACGUGUGGACAGGACAGAGGUGGUGCCGGUCACCAAGGAGAAUUUGGCAUUGUAGCGGCAAAGCUGAAUGAUGAACUUGGCGAUGGUGUGCGUGGCAAUCCAAAGUUAAAAGCAAAACAGAAAACGACAGCACCAGUGUCAAAUCAGCUAGAGCUCACAAGUGCUACCAUAGCAACGCAACCUAAAUCAUCCCGGGAUGCAAUAUCACCUGAAUUCAACGAAGGUGUCAUCAGCCCCGUUUCACAGGCGGUCUUGAAACAGAUUAUGAAGCGACACAAAAGUAGAUCAGUGUUAAACGAACGUGUUCAACAAACAGCCCGGGAAGCUUACGCAUUGUCUUAUCAUGACUACAAAUCUCAGCACGACCACCUGAGCCAUGAAGCAAUAAUGGAUCAUCUAUUAAUGAAAGACGAGACACUGUUAGUAAAUGGCCAAUAUAUUUAUUAUACAUCCGUCGAGUUUCUGGAUGAAAACGGCAAGGCAGUGCCAACAAGAGUUCCGAUGUGUAAGGGGAGAGCCUAUCUAACUACGCACCGGUUGUUGCUCCUCUCGAACGAGGAUACUGCAGAGGUUUCCUUUUCCAAAGUGGAGAAAAAUUCACAGAAAGUGCCACCAAAUAAUACGAAUCAGAAAAGUAAAUCACACCAUAACAGAUAUUCUCUGGAGACGUCAUGCAGUGAUGAUCUUCAGUACGCAACUUUUCCCAUCGAGGGAUUUCUCAGCGUAGAGCUACAGGCGUCCAGUGGUGCUAACACGAAAACCGAGAUAAUCGGAAGUAAAGGCUGCUGUGCGAGAUGGGCGAAGAUAUGCUGUUUCUGUUUCUACUGUUUCUGCUGCUGUGAAAUUCGUAGUUGCAUGAAGAAAUGGGACGCCGAACCUUUCGAAGUGAACGUUCAUAACAAUCGAUACGUUAUGAUCGGAGCUCUGAUCCCACCCUGGGCAAAGCGUACCAUGAUCAAGAUCAACUUCGAUUCCACGAUGCGUUUCUCAUUCAUUACCCAAUUUCUGUCGGAAAUGCAACUAUAUGCACCAAAUCUAAACGUGGUAAAACUGGCGAGUUGGAAUGCCAAUGCUCGACACCCUUAA